GGCUUUUUCCCACCACCACAUUUCAUUUGUUAAAGCAGCCUACGAGAGCAGCUGAUACUGCUGGUGCAAAGGAAAAAUCUCGGAGUGGCUCACAGUUGUUGGUUGCAAUGCUGGGGAGGUAACCGUGAGAGACAGUUCUUUGGCGCUGUGUCGAUUUUACACCCCAUAAGAAAAGGCUUCUUCAAACCCAUCUGCGGAGAGGUUCCCCGGCCAUUCAGCUAUACGUGAGCUAAUGCAAACUGGAUACAUAGCUCCACCUCGAGAUUUCCAAUUGGGUAGACCUUGAACCCUGAAAGGGAGACUGAAACCACUGAAAGAACUCAACUCAUGUGCAGUCGAGCAUUUCUACCUAGUGACUGACUAAGUUCAACAUCGUGUGUUGGUAAUAUGAUUUAGAAGUAGUCAUUUAAUGAUGCUAUGGGAAAGAAGGAACCAUGUCAGAAAAUGCUUUUGGAGACACACACAUUUUUUUAAAGACAGCAGCUUUGAGAGUGUUCAAUCUUCCCCUUGCGUGGUAUUCUUCUCUAAUUCAGGUUAAGAUCUCACCAGGUCUGAAGAAGCUGAUUGCGGUAACUACAGUAAGUGCAAUAUCUGUGCUUUUUCUUGCCCAUCACUUCAAAAGAAAACGUGGGAAGAAAAACAGGACAAUACCUCCAUGGGAACCAGGACAUAUGAUUUUAGAAUACACAAGGACAGCAUUAUCAGAAAAAGAUUCCAGUUGCUCCAGUAGUAGACAAAACCUGACUCUUUCAUUGAGUUCAGCUAAAGAUAAAGGUUCUCAAUCCUAUAUAAAUGCAAAUGGAAGCUUCUUCAGUAAACAUUCAGGAUCAGUGCAAAGUUUGGCCUCAGUCCAAAGUGCAACUUCCUGUCCCAGCUGUGUUUGUGUCAAUUCAAAUUCCUGGGACAAAACAAAUGAAGAUGACAUGAAACUGGUCAAUAUUCCAGUAACUACCCCAGAGAACCUAUACUUGAUGGGAAUGGAACUUUUUGAAGAGGCACUUCGGCGAUGGGAACAGGCACUUGCUUUUCGAAACAGACAUGUUGAAGAUGAAGCAAACUGCAGCUCCAUCAAACUUGGAGCAGGUGAUGCUAUUGCAGAGGAAAGUGUAGAUGACAUCAUUAGUGCUGAGUUCAUUCAUAAGCUUGAAUCCUUGCUUCAGAGAGCUUAUCGUCUUCAGGAAGAAUUUGAAACCUCCCUUGGGGCAUCUGACCCAGCUUCCUUUGCUAAUGAUGUUGAUAAAGACACAGAUAUCACUGUGAAGGAUAAUACAGAUGAAUUCAGUCUGCGGGAUACAUUAAGCAUUGCCUCUACAGAUUCAUUUGUUUCAGCUGCAGAGCUUGCAGAACACAGAGAGGGCCGAAACAUCUACCACCUGGAUUCUCUUUGCCACUGCCCAUUAUAUGAAGAAGCAGUGCAGUUGGCAGAAGAAGGCAAGAUUUAUUCUCGAGUACUAAGGACUGAAAUGUUGGAGUGUCUUGGGGACAGUGAUUUCCUUGCUAAACUACAUUGUAUCAGACAAGCUUUUCAGGUAAUUCUUUCGGAUACUGCCAAUAGAUUAUUUCUUGCUGAAAGUGGAAGAAAAAUUCUGUCUGCUUUAACUGUGAAGGCAAAAAAGAAUCCAAAGAAGUUUGAAGAAGUCUUCGAUGAGAUGAUUUCUUUCUUAGAGCAAGCAGAUCACUGGUCUAAUACUGAAAUGGAGCUUGCUGCUUGGGGAGUGAAACAUUUAAAUUUCUAUGAUGUUGUUCUGGACUUUAUAUUUAUGGAUUCAUUUGAAGAUUUAGAAAAUCCACCUAUGUCUAUACAGAAUGUGGUUAACAACCACUGGCUAAAUUCUUCCUUUAAAGAAACUGCUGUGGCUUCAAGUUGUUGGUCUGUUUUGAAACAAAAAAAGCAGCAAAUGAAGGUACAUGAUGGAUUCUUUGCACAUUUCUAUGGUAUCUGUGAACACAUUAGUCCUGUUCUGGCAUGGGGCUUUUUGGGUCCUCGAAACUCUCUGUAUGAAUUCUGCAGAUUCUUUAAGGAUCAGGUUCUUUAUUUCUUGAAGGACAUUUUUGAUUUUGAAAAAGUACGAUAUUCAACAGUAGAGAGUCUAGCUGAAGACCUAAUGCAACUGCUGAUUCACCAUACAGAUCUUCUUCUGAUCUACCUUGAAGCUGAAUCAUUGAGACAUGUUAGUGGUUGUGUAAAUGAACAUGGACAAACAACGACCAGUAACCUUUUGGAUGCAAAAGUACUAUAGGGUCCUUAAAAAAAAACUCCACAACAUGAGCACAAUUGUUGCCUUUCCUUCAAGGAAUUACUUUUACCCCUUCAUUUUGAAUAGGUGUCAGCAAACCAACAAUGUUGUUAAAUCUGGACUCAGGGAGGCUUUACAAAUAUGGAAAUAACUGAUAAAAAUAUUACUGUAUAUAUCUGGAAAGGACAUUUUGGCUGUCAUUGGAUUUAUGUCACAGUUUGGUUUUUUAAAAGAGUCAAGUAAAAUUUAUUUGUGAAAAUACUUUGCAACAUAUGUUAUUUGUGAUUAAAACUGAUAACUGUGGAAAAUAAGCUUGUCUCAAAAGUUUUGUAUUGUACAAAUUACCAGUUCAAAAGUCUCAAAAGCUCUAACUGGCCAUUCUCCCCGCCCUCCCCGCAAAAAAGUUGUGUGCUUUUUUGGUAUUUAGUGAAAUGUGCAAUAAAAUAACACUUGCAGUGACAAUAUAUUUAUCUUGCCUUGAUAUUGUAUUUUAAGUGUUUAAGCUAUCAUUUUUAGUGAAUGAUGAAAUGAAUGCUUUCAUCCAUUGGGUAACAACAGCUAUUCUGUAUGCACUGUUAUAAUGAAAUGCUAACUCUUACGCUUAUGUACACUGAAGUCUUACAUUACACAGUACUGUGUGAGAUCACUGUUUAGUGGGGCCUUAAAACAAUAGUGUAAAUGGUUCAACAAUUAGUUAAGUUCCCUUCAUCUUUAGAGGGCUUUUAAUAUUUUAUAUGAACUAUGAAUGAGCUGAAUCUUGUCUUGUUUGAAUAUAGCAUUCGAAGUAUAUUUUAAAGAAAAGAUGUAUGGAAAAAACUAUAUUCAUGCAGCAAUACUGAAAUACAUGUUUCUUUAUCCUUUAAA